GAAGGCGGAGCCGGAAGUGGCGCUGGUUUCCGGUGGGGACGGCCGGCUGGGUGUGCGGUGGGAGAGCGGCGCUCGGGGUUCGAGCUGCCGCGGGCAGCAGGGACGAGGCCGGGUCUGGCCGCAGCGUUUCCCGGGAGGCGCAGAGACAGGAGCCGCCGCCAUGAAGAAGCAGUUCAACCGCAUGCGGCUGCUGGCCAACCAGACCGUGGGCCGAGCUGAGAAAACUGAAGUCCUCAGUGAAGAUCUAUUACAGAUUGAGAGACGUCUGGACACAGUGAGAUCUGUUUGCCAUAUUUCACAGAAGCGGCUAAUAGCAUGUUUUCAAGGCCAGUAUGGCACUGAUGCUGAUAAAAGACAUAAAAAGCUUCCUCUAACAGCUUUUGCUCAAAAUAUGCAAGAAGGAUCUGUCCAGCUAAGCGAUGACACUCUGUUGGGGAAGAUGCUUGACACUUGUGGCGAUGCAGAGAAUAAACUGGCAGUAGAGCUCUCUCACCAUGAGGUACAGAUUGAAAAAGAAAUUUUAGACCCACUAAACCUACUAACAGAGGCAGAAAUCCCCAAUAUUCAGAAGCAGAGGAAACAGCUUGCAAAGUUGGUUUUGGACUGGGAUUCUGCAAGAGCUAGAUAUAGCCAAGCCUGCAAGACUUCAGGAACUAAUUUUCAAAUGCAUCCAUCAAAAAUAGAUUCCCUUAAGGAAGAGAUGGAUGAGGCUGGAAAUAAAGUAGAACAAUGCAAGGAUCAACUUGCUGCAGAUAUGUAUAACUUUGUGUCCAAAGAAGGGGAAUAUGCCAGAUACUUUGUCAUGUUAUUAGACGCACAAGCAGAUUACCAUAGAAAAGCAUUAGCAGUCUUAGAAAAGGCCCUCCCUGAAAUUCAAGCCCAUCAAGACAAAUGGACAGAAAAGCCAGCCUUUGGAACGCCAUUGGAAGAGCAUCUCAAACGCAGUGGUCGUGAAAUUGCACUCCCAAUUGAAGCCUGUGUCAUGAUGCUCUUGGAAACAGGAAUGAAAGAGGAGGGCUUAUUCAGAAUUGCUGCUGGAGCCUCCAAGUUAAAGAAGCUGAAAGCUGCAUUGGACUGUUCUACUUCCCAGCUAGAUGAAUUUUAUUCAGACCCCCAUGCUGUUGCAGGUGCCCUGAAGUCUUAUUUACGAGAGUUGCCUGAACCUUUAAUGACCUACAGUCUGUAUGAAGAAUGGACGCAAGCUGCAAACAUACAGGACCAGGACAAAAAGCUGCAAGAAUUAUGGAAAAUUUGUAAAAGAUUGCCAAAGCCUAACCUAGCUAAUUUCAGGUAUCUAAUCAAAUUCCUAGCAACACUUGCACAGAACAGUGACAUUAACAAAAUGACACCCAGCAACAUUGCAAUAGUGUUAGGCCCCAACUUGCUAUGGGCAAAGACUGAAGGAUCUCUUGCUGAAAUGGCAGCAGCAACUUCUGUCCAUGUGGUAGCAAUUAUAGAGCCAAUAAUUCAGCAUGCAGACUGGUUCUUCCCUGAAGAUGUGGAUUUUAAUGUAUCUGGAGCAUUUGUUGCUUUACCUGCCACUAAUUCCAAUCACUCCUCACAACUUGGGAGUGAGUCUGAGUCGGGGACACUGGAGAGGAAGAGGCCUGUCAGCAUGGCUGUAAUGGAAGGCGAUUUGCUGAAGAAGGAAGGCUUUGGUGUCAAGGUUGUGGACUUCCAAGUGACUCCUCGGAGAGGUGGCACUAUAACUAGAAAGCACACAUCCCCAGCUUUCCAGCCACCACUUCCACCUCCUGAGGCUGGCAUGCUGGCUCAGACUGUAGCAGACCAGCACUCACAGGGUUCUGUGGCUGAAACCAGCCCAGUAAGUGCAACUUUUGCUCCCUUUGCUGGCACAGCAGAACAUUUACAAAGUCAAGGAAAUGAGGAUGUCAGUACCUCAAAGCCCAGGGACACUGCAGCUUCAACUACUCCUCCGCCCGUGAGAAAUGGUGGGCACUUAAGCACUAUGCAGAACCAGCCACAGUCAUCCAGUAGCUCUAACCAGCUUUGUGUUGGUCAACCCCAGAAUGCUGCUGGUCCCAGCCCCCACGCAGUGAGGCGAGCUGUUAAAAAGCCUGCACCUGCACCUCCCAAACCUCCACCUGGGCAGCCAGGAAACCAUGGUUCUGUCGCAGCAGCUCAACUACCUUCUGUCUCUCCAAAACCACCCACAAGAAGUCCUUCUCCUCCUGGUCAACCUACAAACCCUGGGGCAGUCCAGACUUCCACCUCUUCCCAGGCUUCUGCACCUCGGAGAUACUCCAGCAGCCUCUCCCCAAUUCAAGCUCCGAACCACCCACCUCCACAGCCCCCAACACAGGCUACUCCUCCACUGCACCCUAAACUAAAUAGUCAAGUAUCUUCUCCGCCUGCUGUACCUAGUGGCGAAUAUGGACCUGAACAGCCAUCUUGUACUCCUCCUCAGACUCCAACGCCACCUGAUACGCCUCCUUUAGGAAAACACAAUGCUAGCUCAGCACUAUUUCCGCUGCAGUCGUCUACCCAAGAAACUUCGCAGUCUCAUUCUCCUCCUCAGACUGGUACGUUACCGAGACCAAAGCCAGUACCAAAACCCCGCAACCGACCUAAUGUUCCCCCACCACCUCAUCCUCCUGCUUCUCAUUCAUCUGGAGACAGUGUUCUUACAAAUCCCACUCAGACUGCUUCCAAAAUAAUAACUGGUGGGGAAGGUUACUGCGAAUAAGACUCCAAUUCCAAUGUUCAAGAACCACUUAGGCGCCUCUCUUCAGAGCUUCCUACAGAGCCUGCAAGCAAGGAAUUGCACAACCAUCUAAUGCUUAAUGUUGACAAUGAUACAGAAAGCACUGCUCUGUAAAAGAAACCAAAUACUCCAAAACUUUUAAAAAAACCUUUCUGUCCACAUGGAAAAGUAGCAAAUCAAGACCUAACAGUGAAAAGCUUUUUUGAAGAUAUGGCGGAACUGUCUGAAGGCUCUACUUACAUGUAAGGCAAUUUAACCAUACAGAAGAAGUUUAAUGAUCUGUGUCUUGACAGUGGUUUCAAAAAUCCUGGAUGGGAAGAGUUGAUUACUGUGGAAAUUUAUGUAGGAAGCUUAAUUGCUGCUAAUACACGUGCGUUAGCAGAACCCCCAAAAGAAUAAAAAGUAGUGCAUCAGUUACUAUUUAAAGUGCAUGUAUGGAAAUAACCCAGUUAAUGUCACUGUUACUUUUGUUCCUAGUUCUUAGACAUUAUAUUCAAAAGGAGAUGCCUUGCAAGAGACUUUCCCUCACUGACUUGCUGCAGACUUUUGUUAAAGUAUGAACCAAAAAAAUGCCAGAGUGCUGGUGGUGACUGCUGGUUAUCAGUCACCUGUCAAAACUGUGGAUGUAUUUCAGUGCCUUGAAGGACUGUCAUAUGGUAGAAAGAAACUUACUGUAUCUUUAACCAUUUUAUUGCUACUUUAAGUACUGACCAUUAUCUGUAUGUCAUAGUUAUGUGUAUUAACCAUACCUGCUUUUUAUGUGAAAUUCAUAACUGUUUCAAGGUGAAAUGGUGGAAAUGUUUAUGCUUUCAUUUGAAUUGGUUGAAUUUUGAAAGAAUUUUGAACAUCUGUUUGGAUUCAUCAGUUGAGUGAGCAUUUAUAAAAUUAAAGGAUUCUCUCUCGUCA